AAGAUAAUGAGGCGGGUCUUACAGUCAACCCUAGCCAAGUGUUUAACUCCCUUUUACGAUUACUCGACCUUGGAAAGCAGAUUAUUUCGUCUCUACUCCAAUUGCGAUUAUUGCUGCAUCUCCUAGGCUCCGAAUUUGCGAGUGCUGGAUUUGCCUCGAUCGUAAUAUGUUUUUUGCCCAUGAUAUUGGACAAUAUGUGGGGCAAUAAAUCCUGGGGAAAAGCUUACGUGAAACAGGCAGUCAAUGACGACUACCUUCGGCAACAGGCCUUGACCUCACUUGCAAAACAUACAUACAAAGCUGAGGUGAUGGGAGGUAAUUUAUCAGGUUAUCUUUUAAAUGAGUAUCAGAAGGUGCACGAUGCACUUUGUCACAUACCUAACGGGGACGUCGAGGAUCUGUGGAGAAGAUCAACGACUGCUCUGCCUAGUAUGUUCUCGAACCUCUGCAAUGACGGACCCAUGCUCUACAUUGGACUGUUGGCUCUCAUGAAUCCAAGUCAGGUAUCUGUUGUUCAGCUAGCUAUGCUAGAACAAACUGCCACACGUCUUCGAUACACGUUUAGUUUCGCUAAGCACAUAAUCACCAUUUAUCCGAUUGAAUUGGCCCGCUUGAAUAAUUUCUACAGACUUCUCGAUCUUAAGAGCAAGAUGAAAGACGGUUGUAUGUCGUAUUCACCGGCAGCUGGUUCUUUGGGUCUCUCGUUAGAAGUUCGGUACGAAUCUCGGGUUUUAAACGUAUCGUUUAACUAUCCGGGCGCCAAAUCUGAAAGAGAUGCAUUGAAGGAUGUUUCUUUUUCGAUAAAAGCAGGUCAAUUGGUGGUCAUCGUCGGCGCAAACGGCUCAGGAAAAUCGACCAUACUCAAGCUCCUGACCCGCUACUACGACACUACCUCAGGCACUGUCUUAAUCGAUGGAAAUCCCAUCCAAGAUUAUCGAAUUGCAGAUUUGCGGUCUGUGACAGCUAGUCUAACGCAGGAGCACACCUUAUUCCCCCUCUCUAUGAGCGAGAACAUCGGGAUCGGGUCACCGUCAUCUGUAACAAAUCUCGACAAGAUUGCUCAAGCAGCGAAGUUAGCUGGUGCUCAGGACGUUAUCAAGAACUUCACCGACGGAUAUGACACUGUACUCGAACCUGUCAAGACUGCCCAUCUUAGCUAUACAGGGAGGGGGAACGAGGACCUAAAAAAGGAGUACGAGAAGAUGGAGAAGACAAUAAACGUGUCUGGUGGAGAGAAACAAAGACUGGUUGCCUCCCGGACGUUUAUGCGUAUGCUGUCCGAGGACAUCAAGUUUGUGAUAGUCGACGAGCCUAGCUCUGCUCUUGACCCAGGAGGCGAAUACGAAUUAUUCAAGCAGCUCAGGGAGGCGCGCAAAGGAAGAACCAUGAUAUUCGUCACGCACCGUUUUGCGCAUCUCACCAAGUUUGCCGAUCUCAUCUUGUGUAUGAAGGGAGGAAGUGUGAUUGAGAUGGGAACGCACCAGGAACUGUUGAACCAUGAGGGAGAGUAUGCUCAUUUAUAUAACGUCCAAGCGCAAGCUUUUACUUGAGAGUCCAUCAAGGAUAGCCCUCAUAAAAUUCCAGCUAGUAUACGUCGGCAAAUGGGAUUAUGCUACGUAACAAUGAUAGUCACUUCCGUACAACGCAAAUAGAUUAUAAAACCUGUACUUAUAUCGCAUAGAACAUGUAUAUCGCAGUCUUACAGAUGUCUAACG